CGGCACGGUACCAUAAAACGCGACUGCUUAGUCUGGCAAAUGGCCACAACGGUGACUAGCUGUACACUAGUGCAAUCGCUCGUCCCCAGUGCGCUUGCGCAAGGAAAUAUCAGUUCAUUCGCCUUAACCCCGCUGCCAUCAGAGGGUUGUUUGGGCCAGCAUGCGGCUACUACAUUAGCGUCUAUGGGUAAGGCUGCGUUAUCCGUAGCGCCGCGAAAUCGAUUCCUAGAUAGGGUCUGAUCAUCCAUGGUGAUGAUGAAAGAGGCACUGCAGUGCCAGGGAAAUGCGGACGAUGUCAUCUGCAUCAAGUCGCAAGAAUAGCCUACUUGUCGUAU